GAAAUUUUCUCUUCAUCCCAUCUGCCGAUCCCCGACGAAGAAGGGAUUCUUCUCACUCGCCAAUGGAAAGCGUAUCUUGCAGUGUUUUCCAUUCCACUCCACCGAAAUCCCCGUUUUUCUCGCAACCUCAGAGCUUCAUUAUUAGAAAUUUUGAUGGUUUUCUUCAAAUUUCUUGUUACAGAAUUCGAGAAAGAGCAAUUCCAUGGAACUCACUUCUCUGAUGAAGCUGAUUUUCACAUUGCUUCUCUGGUUGUGUUUCGUUUUACAAUUCUCCUUCGCCACUCGAGUCCAACUCUGCGAUGAGACAGCUAAGUAUGAUAUCAUGGUGAAAGGAGUUCAGAUAUCUCCCAGCCCCAUAGUUAGGGGUCGCCCAAUAAAUAUGACCUUCAAUCUAAUUAUAGGUAAGCCAAUCAUUGCAGGAAAAAUGGUCGUUGACAUUGCAUAUUUUGGGUGGCACAUGUAUAGGGACAGCCACGACAUUUGUGUUGAGACGUCCUGCCCUUACUCGUUUGGUGAUUUUGCACUCGCUCCAUUGCAAACGCCUCUGGCAUUCUUUUUACCAGGUUCAUAUCAUAUGCAGAUAACCGUUGUUGAUGGAGAUGAUAACAAACUUGCAUGCUUUGGCUUUGAUUAUGAAUUGGUGAUUGCAUCACUAUUUGGAGAUAGCUAAGAGCUUUUAUUUACUGAUUAUUCAGCAACUGGUCUUUGUAUAUAUGAACCCUUCUAGAGCUUUGGCACUUUUAGAUCUUUGUUUGUUCCACGGGCAGACAACUUUGUACUGACCAUUUGAAGAACUUAUUCACGAGAAUGAGCAGUGAAAAUCACACAGAUUACUUUGUUCUUUGUAGAUAUAAAGUGGAAAGAGAAACAAUGGAGUACCUC